GCAGCCAAACAGUCAUCGUGGAAUCGUGGAGUAUUCGCUCUGUUUUCGCCGUCGACACUGAGACAUGGUAACUGGCCUAAACGCUUUCCUCUGGCUCAUCGUGGUCGAUGUCUGGGCCAUCGUGGCCAUCGACUUUGGCUACCAUCCGAGUGCCGAGGAGUUCGACAGCCUGUUGCGGCAAACGUGGAGUCGCGAUCUCCUCCAGCGUCGCGUUCCCGAACGUCGAUUUGUGCCGCGCUAUCAGCACCAGACAUCCAUUCGCUUCGAGCCGCCGGAGCUCGAUUUCCAGCUGUUCGAUCAGGACAGGGAUCACCUGUCCUCGCAGCCGUAUGUCUUCGAGUCCGUGGAGGACAGCCGGCCGGAGUCCUCGCUCGCCGAUCAGUUGCACGUGCAGAGCGAACUGCUGGAGAUCAAGGAGCCCAAACCCAAACCGAAACUAAAACCAAAACCGAUACCGAUACCGAAACCGAAACCCCAGCCACAGGAAACCCUGGAGGGAAACGGCACCACAUUUCCCAUAUACUUCACCCACCCAACCACCGGCAUUGUGUAUGCCAUCAGCCAAGUGGGAGCGGGAGCGGGAGUGGGAGCGGGAGUGGGUCAGAAUCCCGGAGUGAUACCCACCCAAAGUCGCAACGAUAGCAAUGCGAUUGCCAUUUAUGUGACCAAGGCGCAGUACGAUGCGGAUUUGGAGAGCCUGCGAAGGCAGUAUGAAGCGAGGUGCCAGGCAAUUCCACCGGGCACGGUGAUAUCCACCCUGAAUCCGGUGCACAAGGGUGGCACCACCGCCAGACCGCAGAUAAUCCGAUUGAAGAAACCGAAGGAUCCACAAAGCAAACCGAGUAACAAACUGCCCAAGCCAAGCCAUCGACCACCGCCGGUGAUGGUGACCAGUGGACCCGUCGAUCAUGUAAGCGAUCAGCUGCUCAAGCUGCCCCACCGGGGAAGCAGCAGCAGCAGCAGCACCACCACCACCAAGACAACCAGCACCACCUCAAGGCCAAAUACGCGGAGAAGAAAGCGCAAGAAGCGGCCAAAGAACAAGACAAAGCUGGUGAAAAAGAGACCGGGUUACGGCGGGAAUAAUACCCGAAAUCAGGUGGGUCCUCUGCCCAUUAUCCUGGGCAAGAGACCCAGCACCACCACCAGCACCAGCACCACGGCACGACCACCACCGGCUUACACGCAACUGGAGAAACCACACUUGCCGCUGGCCACUUUGCAACCGGAAAAUGCCUUCAGUCAGCACUUAUUUCGCAUCGACGCCGAGCCACCGGAAGAGAGUGAAACUCUGGAAGAACAGGAACCACUUGGAGAACCACUAAAUCUCCGAAGACGCCGUUCGUUAGAAGAUUCGACAGACUUUACAGCUGGCAGACAAGUUGGUGGAGUGGAUGUGAUGGAAAAACCUCUUUCCGAAAGACUUUCUUCUUUGAAAACUCCGACUAAAAAGGAAAUACUGAAAAAGGCUUUAAAAAAAUUUAAAAAACGAGUGAAAAGAACAGAAGAAUCCCCUGAAAAAACGGGAACAUCGAAAUCACUUCUCAGCAGACAUCGUCGUUCCUUGGAAAACCCUACAAAUGCAGCGACUCAAAAAUCUUUUACCCAAUCAAAUACUGAAAAAGUAACCACGAAAUCACCAAGAAAAAUGCCAGAAAAUGGAUCACAAGGUGUAUUAUCAAUUGGUUCCAAUAGAGAAGCAGCUGCUCGAAGGGUAAAUACCCCCAGAAGACCCUCUCCAAAGAGAAGUUCCAAAAAGCGAAGGACCAAGCAGCAGCAACAACAACAAACACCGCCAACUCCACAGAAGAAAGAGCAGAAUUCGGGUGGUGUUGUGCACUUACCCACCGCUCUGCACUUGCUCCACAGAAACCACAGCCAGGAUGAGAACAAAAUUCCCAGUACCACUCUAAAUACAAGCCAAAAACAUACAAAUAAAACUAUAACUACAAUUAAAACUAUGACUAAAACUAAAACAAAAACUAAAACUAAGGAACGGAAACGUGGAAGACCCGAGCUGCCGGGCUUUGAUAUAUUCGAACUAAUGUCCGAUGGGGAUUACGAUGAUGAGGAAGGGGAGGAAGAGGAUGAGGAAGGUGAUGAUGAUGAAUACUACUUCGAAGAUGGGGAGAAGGGCAAUCGGAAGCAGAAACCCCACGAAAGUGGCAGCACGGAGGCUCAGAGCGAUCUCAAUCAGGAGGACAGUAGCUCCGCGGAGGAGGGCGCUGAUUUUGGAGCAAUGGUCGAGGAGGAGACCACCACGACAACGAUAUCCAGCAGCGAGGAGGAUGAGGAGGCCACCUCGAGCACCAAGAACUCCAAUGCCAAGAAGAAGAAGAUCCGCAUCAAGCGGAGACCCGUUGACUCCGACGAGGAUUACGAUGAGGACGAGGACUCCGGCAUCGGUGGCUUCUUCCGCAUGAUCUUCUAUCCCGUCCAGGUGGCCAUGUCGCGGUUGAUGGGCGGCUUCGGCUCUCCCGACGACGAGGAGGAGGACGAACCAGCCAGUCCACCCGUUUCCAAGUAUCCCAGCUACACUCUAUAUCACAGUGCCCACAGCAACGAAGCCUACGCGGAAACGGAGGAUGGCGAUUCGGAGGACGAGGAGGACUCCUCCUCCCUGGGCGGGUGGUUCAGCUCGUGGUUCGGCCUGCAGCGACGCACCAAGAAAAUCGGCAGCACCACCACCACUACCUCGGUGCCGCUGGCACCACCCACCAAGGAGCCACCGGGAUGGCUGGAGUCCUGGUUCGGAUUCGGCAAACCCUCCGCUGAAACAGACGCCGAAGAUGAUUAUGACAAAUGGUUUUCCACCUGGUUCGAUUCGGGGCCAAAGCGAAAGGUCAGGCGUCGUUCCACCACCUCGACAUCGACGACCUCAACCACAACGACCACCCACACACCUUCGGCGGCGGCCCAAGUGCCCAUCCUGACCAUUGUGGAUCCACUCAGGAAUCCCCAGAAUUGGAUUGGCAUUCUGGCCCAUCAUAUUGUGAACUCCACGGGCAAUGCCAUGGCCUCCACCACCACCUCGAAUCCCGUGCUGCAGGCCUUGGCCACUCGGAUGACCACCAGGGGCACCACUAGCACCACCACCAGCACCACCUCGAGACCGGAGGUGCCCAGGCGCAUCAGCUACGAUAAGUACCAGAUUUGGCGUCUCAAGCCGCAGGACGAGGAGCAGGUUCGCGCGCUCGAGGAGUUCAAAAAGGGCGAGGAUGGGGUCAAGAUGCACUGGCUCAAAGGUCCCAGCCUAAGAGGCCUCACCGAUGUCUUAGUUCCCCAAAUGCUGGUUGACUUCCAGGGAACGUUGAACUACGAGGGCAUCGCCCACGAGGUGCUCAUCUUCGAUGUGGGCAAGGCCAUUGCCUACGAGCUGAGCAAAGAGGAUUACCUGCACACCACCCGUCCCUCGAAGCCACGACCCACUAUACCGCCGCCGAUGACCUGGAAUCGCUAUCACAACCACGACGAGAUUGUCAAAUAUCUGGAGACGGUGCGCAUGCGCCAUCCGCAGUUGGUCGAGCUCAUCCACAUCGGUCGCUCCUUCGAGGGUCGUCCCCUGAUUGUGGUCAAGAUCGAGUCCAAGCAAUCGGCGGCAACGGCGACCAGCGAAGGUCACCAGAGUGCCAAGCGACCCAAGAGGAAGCGGAAGGCCGGUCAGGCGAAUGCCGUGUUCGUUGAGGCCGGAGCUCAGGGAUUGGCGUGGAUUGGACCAGCGGCAGCCACUUGGAUGAUCGCGGAGCUCUUGCGAUUAAUGAAGUCAAACAAGAGCAACGAGGACGUGGAGUUUAUCAGGAACACCACCUGGUACGUGAUGCCUGUCCUGAAUCCGGAUGGAUAUGCGUACAGCCAUGAGUACGAUCGCUUCUGGAAGAAGUCGCGAUCGCAGCACCAGGCUCCGCCGCCCAGUGGCCUCCUCGAUUCGGCGAUGACGUGGCUGCAGCAGAAACGCGGACCGGACAAGGUCUGCUAUGGCGUCGAUCUGGACAGGAAUUGGCUAUAUCAUUGGGGCAAGCGGGGCAGCUCCAAGUCGCCCUGCAACGAAUUCUACGCGGGACCGGCGCCAUUUUCCGAACCGGAAACGAAAGCCGUCUCCGAGUUUCUCAUGGAUUACCGCACGCAGAUCAAGCUGUAUAUAUCCCUGCAGGCCUAUGGCCAGAUCAUAUCCUAUCCAGUCAAGGCCAACUCCACUUUCAAUUCGGAAAGAUUGGACGAUUUCCUCGACGUGGCAAUGGUGGGCACCGAUGGCUUGAGAAAGAAGGGCAGUAAAUCGCGAUACAAGGUUGAUGCCUCCAACGAUCUGAUAGAACAACGUUCGGGCUGUGCGGACGCCUUUGCCGCCUACGAAAUCGGAAUCCCCUUCAGCUACACACUCCAACUGGCGGACAACGGGGUCCACGGCUACUUGCUGCCGAGCAGCGCCAUCGAGCCGACGGCUCGCGAUGCCUUCGAGAUCAUCAGCGGCAUGCUGGACUACAUCUGAAGCACGUCGCUGUUGGAUAUAUCAGAUCGGGAUGGAAGAGCAGCGGGAGCAGCAGGGAUUCGGUGGGGUGGGGCAACAUGUGUGAAAGUUUUAGUUCCUUUUUAUCGCGCUUUGGUGGCUUGCGUUCCGGAGAUCACUUGCCACAUUUCCGGAAUACAUUCUCCAUUAAUGUUAGCUUAAUCGCAUCUGCAUUUUAUCUAUUCAAAAUUUUUUUUUUUAUUUUACACAAAUUUUCCUAUAUUGAGAUUUUCACAUAGCUUAUUAAAUAUUGUUAUAUGUAUAUUAUAAUUAAAUAUUCGCUGCAUUUUUUUUUUUUGGUAGUUGAAAUCCUGUUUAGAAUAAAUAGUAUACCUAAAAUAAAGUCUUAUAUUUGAUCGAGCAUUCGAUUGCUUGCUUUUCAUUUAACUUUUUGCAUGGAUGCCAUGUAGGGGAAUAUGUUUUAGAGUUUUCUAUAGAUCCUUCGAUAGAUUUGCACCAUCAUUAUAUUAUAUUCGCAUAUAAUAUCGGGUACACCAACUAAUUCGUUUAUAAAAAUAUUCUCAAAGCUUUAAUUUACAUGUGAAUAUUAGUGGAAGUUAUAAUAAUAUAAAUAACUCACAAAAACGUUAUCGACUUAUCGCAUAAUUGCGAACGUAAUAUUUUACAACUAAACAAAUAUUUUUUCUAUCAAUUAUAAGGGGCGAUUCACUCUUCAAUCUCUCUGGCUUAUAAUUUAGGUAUACAUUCGAGUCUGUUCUGUUUUAAUGGAAAUUUAGCUUUAAUAAUUGCAAAGACUUCCGUUUACUUUAACAACAAGUUCCUUGGUUUAGAGGAAUGAGAUAUUCGAAUUAUGUCUUCUUACGAAAAUAACUUAAAAAUGUGACUUCAUGUGGUUUUGAUAUCAUAAUUGACAAUAAGUUCUUUCGCGAUUAACGUAAACAUAAGCUUAAUGAAAAAUUCCAUAUGUUUUUUGC